AUGGAAUUGACUAUUUAUUCGAAAUAAUUGGAUCUGAAGUACAAUGUCAACAUUAGAAAAUCAAAUAAGGUGAAGGAUAUUGGUUUGAAACUCUUGCAUCAGUUUGGAUAUCCAAAAACAACAAAGUUCUCAAUUUAUAAUGAAGAUAAAUUAUUGGAAUCAGAAAACUUACUUGAAGUGUAUUCUCUCAAUAAAUCAUCAAGAUUAUCAAUAAUAUUUUCAAAUAAAUUUGAAAUCACUCUUAUUCACAAUUUUUUCGGGAAUAAGGAAAUAACUAUAGAAUCUUGGGAUUAAUUUACACAAAUCAAACAUUAAAUAUAAAGGGAGUAUGAAUUCUCUUAAAGCUGUGAGGUAUGUCUAAGAACGAGCAACCAAAUUUAUUGUUUGGAAUUUUUAAUUAUUCAUGAUAACAUACAUAGUGCUACAAAUAUUUAGUGGGAUGCAUACGAAAUGUUAAAAUACGUAUACUAAAACACACAAUAUGAAAUGAAGAUUGACAUCUCUGAUGAUUGGGACAUGAUCGCUAAGUAGAUUAAAGAGACUCAAAAUAUUGAUAAAAUUAUUAAAAUCGAUUUCUUGGUAGCUCAAAGCAACAAAUCGAUUGAUCCAACAGAGAGAUACUAUCAAUCGAAGUUCUCUCCUGAUACAAUAUUUGAAGUGACAACUCCUGUUGAAGUCACUCUGUAAAUAGCAUACCUGGAAGCAAUAAUGAUAAUAAAUAUUAAGUAAACAGAUACUGUGAGAGAUUUGAUUAAAGUAGCAAAAGAUGAACUCAAUUUGUAAAGGUAUAGACCAUUUGAGAUAUGUUAUUAAGGUAAUAGAUUAUAGGAGGAUUAGAAUAUUUAGGAUUUGAAUUUAAUUUGGAACUCCAUGCUGGAAUUGAGAUAAGAGAAAAUAGAUAGCAUUCAAGUGCAAUUUAAAAAUCAGAAAUACAAUUAACUAAUAGUGAAAUAAGUUAAUAGUGAUUAACUAUUGAUAAGUGUUUUGAAGGAAAUAGCAAAUGUCAAUUGCAGAAAUUGUACAGAUUUCAAAGUGACUAUCAAUCAAAAUGAGGUUGAUUAAAAUCAGCCAUUCUCUGAACUGCAGAUCUCAAAUAAUUAAGUAAUAGAAUAUGAAUGCGACGCAAUUGAAAUUAAAUUUAUAAUUGGAUUAAAGACAAUAGAAUAUCAUGCCAAGAAAUCACACACUAUCUAAAGUUUGGAAUAGGAAGUUAAAAAUAGAUAUUAGGAUAUAAUACCUGCUAAUUUCUCUAUUUAUAAUAGUAAUGAUACUAUUUGCACUAAAACAAUUGAAGAAAUGGGUCUGAGAUUCUUGAAUGCGAGUUUCACAUUUCUCCCAUUUGGUAAAUUUGAAUGCGAAAUCUAGUUUGAUAAUAAAAUCGAAAAGGUAGAAUGUUUUUAUUAUAACACCGUGGAGAUGUUAGAGUAGAUUAUUGCUAAUAAGUAUUAAAUAGAGGGCAAGGACAUUCAAUCUUUUUAUGGGUAUUAACCACUUAACAAAGAUGAGAAAUUAAAAAACAUUUUUGUGAAUGAUAGGUUCGAUAUUGUUAUGCAAAAAAAAGAAUAGAUAUAGUUAUACUUGUAAAGUAUUGAUGCAAGUAAAUAAUAAAUCGUGAAGAUUAAUAUUGAUGAUCCAAUUGGGUUGGCAUUGGAAAGGGAGGGAUUAAGAAAUAUCAAAGACAUUUUCUUUGACAAUAAAAUUAUAGAUCUCAACAGUAAUUGCCAAUAAUUACAGAUUGCCCCUAAUUCAACUUUGAUUUUUGAAUUGCUUUAAUGA